UUACUUCGGCAUAGAUUAAUGAGACGAGAAAAGUUUCGAACUUUGCAGCACUGUCUGCUCGUCCGGCGGUCUGCAAACUUGAUCAUCAUUUGUGUGAAACCUUAUUCACUUCUGAAGAAUGCAUUCAUCAUAAACCAAGGUUAAGUACUGACUGUAAAGUUCAAUACAUCACAUACAACUUCAGUGAUGUAAACAACUGAGGUAGCGUCUAAGUGGAAUAUCUCUGUUAUCAUAAUGUUUGCAAUUCCAAAGACUCGCCAUGUUGCUCCACAUGCGUUGCAGUGGACGUCAAAGCAACGAAACAUUUGCUCAUCAGCCAAUUCGUAUUGCAUGCACCAAAAGUUGCAAGCAGUGAAUACUACAUUAGUACCACAGAACUCAUAUUUGAAGAAUGUUUUAAUAUGGAGAAAAACAAGAAGAAAUUGGCAUUGGUUUUCAGUGAAAUACUUUUCAUCCUGUGGUAGUGAUGGUAGUGGAAAUAAACAGAACAGAAGGGGUAGAUCUACGGUCUGUAGAUUGUCCGUGUCUGACCACCUACCCCGACCCAGUCCACCCUGGAGAGUCCUGUUCUUUGGAACAGACCAUUUCUCCCUGAAAAUGUUGAAGACGUUGAAUGAAAAUAGGUUACAGAAUGGCAGUGACAGACUGGUCGACACUCUGGAGGUGGUAGCUACUAACAGAACGGACACAGUGGUCCCCGUGCGGCGGUACGCCCAGGAGCAGGGACUGAGGAUCCUAGACUGGCAGCCCACCCUCAACCCCCUGGACUAUGAUGUGGGAGUGCUGGCCUCAUUCGGCUUCCUCAUCCCCUCCAAGGUCAUUGACAUGUUUCCUUAUGGUAUAUUGAAUGUCCACCCGAGCCUGUUACCCCGAUGGCGAGGUGCCUCACCGAUAGAACACACAAUCUUAUAUGGCGACACGGUGACGGGGAUCUCAAUAAUGGAGAUCAGACCAAAACAUUUUGACAUAGGCCCCAUCCUUCUUCAGAAACAAUAUCCUGUACCAGACAGGAUUACUGCCUCUGAUCUGAAGACCAUGAUGGCAGAGCGAGGAUCUGAAGUGAUGAUGGAGGCUCUGUCCAACCUACCGGAACUCGAGCGACGUGUCAUUGAACAGAGCGCUGUAGGGGUCACCUAUGCACACAAGCUGUCUCGCCGCGCCCUGUACGUGGACUGGGAGAACCAGAGCUACAGCAGCAUCGACCGGCAACGCAGAGCUCUGCAAGAGAUUGAGGGGCUGAGGACUGUAUUCAACAACACCAAGAUCAACCUGCUGGAUCCGUGUGAUUUCCAUGCCCUCAACUCAGAUCCCAAACUUGAGAACUCGGUGCUGUGGAAAUAUGGCCACCCCAGCGCGGAGGUGACCCCUGGAUCCCUGUUCUACAGUAAACCUCUCAAACAUCUGCUGGUCAAGUGUCAGGAUGGAUGGACAGGGUUUGGAACCAUCAGAAUAAAGAAGAAACUGAAGGCGGUGGAUUUCCACUGCGGAUAUCUGCUGGAAAAUCCAGAUCCACGAUUCAAGACGGUGGAUAACGGAAUCAAGUUUAACCUUGACCUUCUGUCCCCGCGACCUCUACAUAGUGAUACAAUUCCAGUGGAUGUCAGGGAAGGGUGGUUUACGGACUUAAAAGUGGGUCAUGGUGGAUAAACAGGGUGGGUAAAUUAGAUCAUGAUGGAUGAAAUAGGUCAUGAUGAAUUAAAAAGGUCAUGGCAGAGAAAAUAGGUCAUGAUGGAUGGAUGAAAUAUGUCAUGAUGAAUGAAAUAGGUCAUGGUGGAUAAAAUAGGUCAUGGUGGAUAAAGUGUGUCACUGUAGAGAAGGUGGAUAAUGACAUAAGAUAUUGAUGUUAGUCCUUGAUAACAAAAAUACGUAUAUAUAUAUAGGUACUUGUACCUGAUGUUUAAAGAAACUGACAGGAUCCACUUGAACAUCAUUUAGUUUUUUACUCCACAAUACACCCAGAGUGGUAUUGAUGAUUUUUAAAGUUUGUUGAUACUAUUGUAUUAAUUUAUUGAUAUCGUAACGAAUGGAUUCUAUAUUGUUUAAGACAGAGUACCAUAACAACUGAUUUCUGAUUUGUUGUUUAUGUGAGUUAAUGCAUUAUAUUAGGUCUCAAACAAAAAUCUUUAAUUUACAGGGGGUGUCGGAUUUACUUGCAAUAAACUGCUCUUAUAAUUAAUGCUGAUUGUGAGAGUGACUGUUAGAAAUCAAGUGAUUUAUUAUGCAUUAUCCAUUGUCAAACUGCAUGUAUAUCUGUGAUAAAAAGAAGUGUAAUAAAUUGAUGAAAAGAU